AUGCCUCUUGAGACCCUACUAGACGUGCCUAGGGCUAGCUUCUUAGGCCUCCCCUUGGAAAUACGCCAGCAAAUCUACUCAGAAUACUUCACCACGGAAGGGGGAUACAUAUACGACGUCGAAACCGACAAGUUAGUGCAGGCCAAUCGCUGUCCAAUUGACUUAUCACUACGACAUGUCUGUCGCACGAUUGCACUCGAGACAUACCAUUGCCCCUUCACUCUCAACAACAUCACCUUCUCAACAGCUUACAGGCGAGAUUGGAGAAAGCAGGCCGCGGCGGUAGACUUUAUAUCAACAUAUCACCAUUUCCUUCAACUUUCCAUGCUCAUUCGAUUGAGGCAUUGUUUGACUUCCGACAUGUACGAGCAACCGAUCAAACAAUACUCCAAGUAUAUGCCGCUCAUCGUGAAGGGCAUAGCCGAUAUCAUCAGCCGGGAGCGCCGCUCUCCAAAGUUUAAUGCAGAGUUACUUGAAAUGGUUCACAUACGUGACUUCAUGGAGCGCCCCGGAAGUGACUCAAAGGCUGGCAACCCCUUGGCCAUAUCUAUAUACGACAACAACGUCUCACGCAACCGCACAUAUGCCUACCUCCUAAGAAAAAUUGCAAACCAGUAUCCUGAAAAGUUCAAAGAAGCAAUCGAUAAAUUCCUACCUGGUUGGACGGACUGCAAACCGCGCCCUGCCUCAGAUUUCUUCAGUCUUGGUUUCGACCUUUGGGCCAUACCCUCUCUACCUCAAGUUACGGCUAUGGUGGAACAACUGCAAUUGACAGAACGAUGGGACCGACUAGAUCAGUGGCACUACAGUGAAGUCGGCAAAGAAGGUUUUUCUGGUACAAAAUACUGCUACCAGCGCAAGCAUUUCUUUUCAGCUGCCGCUCUGGCCAUCAGGUUCCUCAACAAUAUCUCGCAGGCCCAGCGCCUCUUUAUAAACAACCUGAUUCUAAAUGAGGAUAGAAUGGCAGUUGGACACCCUGAGUGUCAUAUCAUUGGCAUGAUACCAUUUGUCGAAGAAAAUCCAAGCCUGCUUAUUAAGCAUAAGGUCAACCUGUGGCGUAAUAUCCUCCCCAGGAGUGCUAAGAUCGAAGUCAGUAGUUUCCCUACGACAAAUGAAUCUAAUGUGGACCUUCCUGAGAGCGUUCCCUCUCCACAUCAGGUAUUUUCUAAUUGGGCCGGCAAGGAGAUUUCCCACUUCAUUAUGCACACCAUGGAAGCACUAAGAGAAGGACUACCAGCUACUUCGUACUCAUUUGUGUUUGACGGAGAGCCCGACUCGAAUCAUUCGACGGAAACCUUCAAAUAUCUCAUGGAACUCCCAAUAGCCUGGAUCACAAAUCAUACCGAUUGUGUGGCAGAAGGUCUUCUUGCAUCACCAGAAAGCAGUGGAUACCCAUUCAUGACAGUUCCGUCAUCUGACGAACACAUAUCUGGCCGAGAACGAACUUCUAUCAUCGAAUGUAAUUUCACUUUGGACCAACCUUGGGAUUAUAAGCAUAUCGCAGGGAAUGACAACCGGAACAUUAAUCGCUGGAAGACACUGGACAAAGUCCAUCGCUUUGCCAAUGAAACCGAUGGAGAGUAUGCUGAUAAGCUCGAUGUCUCAAACGGUAUAGUAGAUUGGAUGAAGAUCAAGGGAGAGUAUUUUGAGAUGAAAUUGUUGUCUGAUGUCCCAGGAGCAGCAACCAAGGCACUUGACUCCAGUGGGUCUUUAUCAGAAUGA